GCUCCCGAAAACUUACGAAAUGAAAUUUUGGGUGGUUCUAAAGAAGGAGAUAGAUAUAGUUUUAGUAUUAUAUUACAAGAGAUCUUAACAAGAGAAUCGCCAUUUUAUAUGGAAACUGAAGAACUUGGUUUGACAGAAGUGUUACAGAAAAUUAAAAUGCCCAGUGAUAUACCAUUCCGACCAAGCGUUGAUAUCCCACCAAAACUAACAGACAUGUACAAGCUAAUGAAACAGUGUUGGUCAGAAAUUCCAAAUCAGCGGCCAACAUUUCCAACUAUUGUAAAUGAGCUCAAAUCUAUGGCAGGAAAAUUUGGUGAUUCUGGUAACUUGUUAGACAAUCUUCUUAGGCGUAUGGAACUUUAUGCCAAUAACCUAGAAAAAUUGGUUGACGAAAAAACACAGGAAUUGAAAGAAGAGAAAAAGAGGUCUGAAGAAUUAUUGUACCAGAUUCUACCCAGAUCCGUAGCAGAAAGAUUAAAACGUGGAUUAAGAAUAGAACCAGAAGCCUAUGAUUGUGUUACGAUCUAUUUUAGCGAUAUAUGUGGGUUUACAACGAUUUCAGCACGGUCUCAGCCCAUGGAGGUUGUAGAUCUUUUAAAUGACCUUUACUCUUGUUUUGAUUCUAUUUUGGGAGAAUUUGAUGUAUAUAAAGUUGAAACGAUUGGUGAUGCUUACAUGGUUGCUUCCGGUCUACCGCAAAGAAACGGUAACAGACAUGCCCAAGAAAUAGCCCGUACGUCUCUUGCUUUAUUGAAAGCUAUUGACACUUUUCAAAUCCGGCAUUUACCAGAUGAGAAACUUCGAUUAAGAAUUGGAUUACAUUCUGGUAAAUUAUAAUUUAAUACAAAUAAUUAUAUUAUGGUUUCUAUUCUAUUAAUAGUUUUAGCUUUGCAGCUAUUCGCAAUCUGAAGCGC